AACAAAGAGGGCAGAGAAAAAGACGGCAGAAGAGGGAGAGCGACAGCUAGCUAGCGAAAAGUUUGAAACGCCGAAAAUACUCUAAAUUGAAAACGUCUACGGCGUGGGGUAUCAGUUUAUCUAAAAACGCAGUCAUAAAGUGCCAAUUAUUCUCCUGCUGUGUGGAAUUUGAGUUCGUUUCGCAACUGUUUUUGUAAGGGCAGGUAUCUAGCUAGCCGUCAAGUAAUAAUGUCUCCUAAUGUGAUUUCAUAGCUCUCCGGACCCUGAUAUGAGAACUCCUGUUAGUUGACAGUAUCUUAUAGGCACCGCAGGCAUGGAAGUCAUGGGGCAAAUGUGAUGAGCUAUGUGUAAGUUUUCACAAUCAUCUCCCUCAUCCCCAGAGUGUUGUACAUAAUCCUCCAAAUUAUUAAGGGGGAGCAUUCAGAAUGAAGAAGAUCAGUCUGAAGACAAUAAGAAAGUCAUUUAACAUGAAAGGCAAAGAAGAGAGCGAAUAUGCCUUGUCACAGCCAGACCUGGCCACCAAUUUCUCUGCUGAAGAUUCUCUGUUUGGAGGAUGCUACAGCAAAGAUCUUGUCAGCAGUGACUUGGAUAACGAGGAUGAAAAACGAGCCAAAGUCCGAUCUAAGAGUGAGGGUCUCAUGGGCACCUUGAAAAGGAGGCUGUCAGCAAAACAGAAACCAAAGGUCAAAGGCGGUUCUCCAUUGGUAUGCUCUAUAGAUGAUGACACCUUAUCUUCUUCUUCUGCACCCAUUAGUCUAAGUGACAUAAAAUCCCAGCAUUCCUCCCGUUCCACCUCUGUCCAUUGUCACCAUUACAGUCCCACCCCAUGGCCUCUCAGACCAGCAAACUCAGAGGAGACUUGUGUUAAAAUGGACAUGAAGAUGAAUGCUUUAAUGAACUCUUCAGAUCCAAGCCCAGCUCUCAACGGUGUGCGCCAAGACUUUCUAGACCUCCAGAGAGACAGAUUGUUUGAAGAAUCAAGCGAUUCAUUGAAACUCCCCAGAUGUGUGCCAGACCACCAUUCUGACUCUCAGAACGGUGAUUUGCAUCUUGAAAUGGAUGAACAUGUGCCUGUAGUCCUUGGUCUUGCAGUUCAGGAUUAUAUUCAGUAUACAUUGCCUUUAGAUGAUGUACUCUAUCCUGAUGAGGAGGGUUCACGCUCUUUUUGUUUAGAUAGCACCAUGCCCAUGGAUGUCGUGCCCCAGUCAGAGGGCUGCAGAUCCCUUGAUGUAGAUGAGGAGCCUAUUGAUCAGGAUCUCCUGUCACCUGACAUCUUCAUGGAAUCAUCGGUGAACCAGCUCUUUUUAAACACUGCAAAUGUCUUGCUGCAGGGCUCCAGACUUGAAGCCCCACUUUCUCCUUUGCUACCUCCGUUGCCCAGUAGCUUUCUCCAGAGAAGUUUCUCUGGGUUUGGUGGUACACAUGCUCAGGUUGCUGAGAGAGUCAUGCACCAUCUCAACUUUGACCCCAACUCGGCCCCAGGAGUGCAGAGGGUCUACGAUGCUGUGCAGAGCAGUGGGCCCAUGGUGGUCACUAGUCUCACAGCUGAACUAAAGAAGUUAGCCAAGCAGGGGUGGUACUGGGGCCCCAUCACAAGAUGGGAGGCUGAGGAAAAGCUGACAAAUCUUCCAGAUGGCUCUUUUUUAGUCCGUGACAGUUCGGAUGAUCGGUAUCUCUUAAGCUUGAGCUUUCGCUCACAGGGUAAGACUCUUCAUACGCGGAUUGAACACUCAAAUGGCAGUUUUAGUUUCUAUGAGCAGCCUGAUAUUGAGGGCCAAAUAUCAAUUGUGGAUCUCAUUGAUAAUUCAGUUAAAGAUUCAGAGAAUGGAGCAUUCUGUUAUUCAAGAUCCCGCUUACCAGGGUCUGUAACCUACCCCGUUAGGCUGACCAAUCCUGUCUCAAGGUUUAUGCAAGUGCGGUCACUGCAGUACUUGUGCCGAUUUGUCAUUCGGCAAUACACACGGAUCGAUCUGAUCCAGAAAUUGCCUUUACCGAACAAAAUGAAAGAUUACCUGCAGGAAAAGCACUACUGAACACAGUAAAACCAAACUUUACAGGAGUUGGUUGCUACUUGCACUUUUGGGAUGACAAAAUAAAGCAGGUUUGGCAAACUUUUCAAGGGUUUUUUGUUACCAUUAAACUACAUAUUAUGUUGAAAGAAAAGACGACAUUUGUUGGCUUAAAAGUGUCCGGUAGAGUAGAUAAUUAAGAUGUUUGUGAAGAGACGCCAUGGCUGAAUGUUGUUAUAGAGUGUUUGGAUCUCAAUUUUGGAGCCUUUUUUGCAUGCUCUCUUAGAGUACUGUAGCAUUUUGUUUUUGUUACAGGAACACAAGUCCAGAUACAAAGAGAUUCAUGUGUUUUUAUGCAUAUCCCAUUUUAUGAAAUAUUAGCACACAACUUCAAGCUCCAGCUUAUUGUAGGGCAGUUAGAGGUUAUUGGCAACAAUGCACAGAUGUGUAAUAACGCCUUAAUGACCGCAGGUUUGUGAAAUGUGGUUAUGGUGAGCAAAUAGAUGACAUUCCUCAUCUCAUUUUUGAGUGCAUAUUUUUUGUGUUACUAGCAACUGCUAUGUCAUGACAUGACCUUAUUAAAACAGAAAAUCUACAUUACUGUUAAAAAGUUUGGAAUCACCAUGAUAUUUUUAGGUUUUUGGAUGAAAUUGAGCAUUUACCAAGGAUGCUUUAAAUUGAUCAUUUACAUUAUGCCAUUUUUAAUGUUACUGACUUUUACUUAAAUAAAUGCUGUAUUCUUCAAACUUUCUGUGUGUCCACAAAUCCUCCACUUGCAGCAAUGACACCUUGGGCAUUCUUGGAGUCAGUUAGUAAGAUAUUCAUGUGAAGUUUCAUCCCAUGCAUUCUCAAGCACUUCCCAAAGAUGUAAUUGGUUUGUAGGAUACUUUUCACUACCCUUUCAAUCAGACUCCUCUAACAGCAGCGUGACACUUCAAAACUCAAGCCACUUUUCCACCAUCGGGCAGAACCGUUCACAUUGCAAAACAGUGCUGAUCAGGGCCAGUUUGUAUUGUUAUGGUUUCUUUUUCCACAGUUGUGCUUAAAUGUAUGUAACAAAUAUGUCAGUUGGCAAUGAUGUGAGAGGUUAACAGUGGAGCGAUUGCACUAUGGAGGAUGAUCACAUAUCCCAGUUUUUAGGACUGCUUUUUUACUCUGCUAGAGCACUGGAAAGAAAUAGGCCUUGUCACAAAAAGGAAAGCAAAGAGAAAAAGGCUAAUAUUAAUGAUAAAAAUUAUAUAUUAAUGUUAUAAGAGCUUAAAUGAGUUAGCUAGCGUAGUCUACCUCCCGGAUGAGAAAGACUUGUAGAAAAACAAUGUACUAUAGGCUACAGUUUUACCACCAUCAUAAAAUCCUCACCACAGUGAACUUUGCCAGCUAUCUUGAAACAAAUUAGUUAUGUUGCCAAUUUGACAAUUGUGAUUCUCCACAUACUAAAGCCAUUCCACCAGCACGGUUGGUGAAUCGUGGUGAGAAAUGCGGGUGAUAACCACGCUGAUGUAGAAAUGCUACUGGAACUGUUCCUCACCAUGCUCAGACCAGUUGGACACAAUGGUGGAAAAACAGCUUAAGACCGAUCCAUCCAUAUUAGUUAUUUGCGAUCAUUAAGGUAUUUUGCCAUUUGUAUCUUUGUCUACUUAUUUGCCAGUGUCAGAUGUGACUUUUUCUUGAAACUGUCUAAAAGCAUCCCAGUGUCUUCAGAGUUUCUCAAACUAGAGACUGAUGUACGUCCUCUUGUUGUUGUGCAUCUGGACCAUCCACUACUCUUCCUAUCUGGGUCAGAACCAGUUUGCUUUUCUUCCUAGGAAGUAGUGUAUAGAAUAGCCUUAACCUCUUAAAAGAACAAUAGACUGAUCAUUUUGAGAGAAAUGUGCAUCUUUUAUGCCAUUUUUCAAAAUGAAUUUUGACUCUGAAUUGCAAGUGACUUGCAGGAAAUGCAAGUGCACUCAGUAGUUCAGCAACUGAAAAAGGACACUGUAUUGCAAUGUUCAGAUGUAAUUAAAUUGCACAAACUUUUUCAACUUUUCUGAUGAUAAAAGUUUCUUGAGGACCAAAUUAUCACAUUUGAAUGAUUUCUCAAGGGUAUCUGUAUUUUUGGAGUAGACUGGACUGGAGUAAUGACUGCUGGAAAUGGGGCUUUUUUUCCAUCAUGGGCAAAAACUGAAUAUGAAAGUGCAUGGAAAUAUAAAACAGUUAUUUAAAACAGUAAAAUUAAUUUGAAUUGCUAAGAAUUUGGCAGUAUUUUAUAUCAAUUUCAUGCCUUGGUGAACACGAGCAAAAAUGUCUUAGUGAUUCCAAACUUUUGAAUUGUAGUGUACAUGUAAUCCAAAAUGAUGUCCUGUCACCACAUUUCCCAACAUAUUUUGUUACCCUUUUAUGGAAUUACUCUAAUAAGCUACGUUAGCUGCCCAUGUUUGUGAGAUCACGUUCUCACCCUUUUGUUUUACUUUCUUUAGCACAUGGGGUGCCAAGGUUAGAUGGCUCUGUGCCUCACUGAAACUCAUCUUUGUUAUAGACUUAACUAAUUCUGGACUGUAUAAUUUGUCUUUUAUAGCAAGUCACAUUUUAACAGGCAUGCAGUUACAUUAUAAACACAUCUGGUCUUUUUUUCCCCCUUGCAUUGCAUUAAGUGUUCAUUAGAAUUGUUUAUAAUUGUUUUGAAAACCGAAAUGUUAUGCACAAGGUACAGUUUAAAAUAUUAAAUCAAUUGUUUUUGGGAACAUAGUUUGCUUACUGAUAUGUUGUAACUUGAAUUUGUUCUCCAGUUUAAAAUAAAACUUUUAUAUGAGGAAUAUUUGA